GAUUUCCGAUCUCAGCCUUCAAAUCUCAACUUCCCAUUGCACCACGAUCCAGAGGGCUUAAAACGAAGGUUCAAAGCAAACCCCCUCCUUCUAAGCUUCCUUGUAUAUACCCGGAGAGUUUUCCCGCCCAGCAUCUAAUUGGCCCUGGCCACCAAAUCUCUGACCAUCCACAACAAUGUCAUUUCUCGACGAUUUUCAAAGAUCCAGAUCCAUCAAGCUCGCCCUCUUUAUUCUCCUUUGCACCAUCAUCACCAUUUUCCGUCUAGCCUUUAGCGGCGAUAACUCCGAGCCAGCAACCUCCGAUGGCUACUCAAACGAAGAACUCAACUCCAUCUUGCAGGGUAAAACUUCAGGGUUUGCCAUCACCAAGGUGCCUUUGAUAAAUCACGCCUUGGAGCACCCGUACUUGGAUGCUCAAUCCCUUUCGGGGAUGGCCUGGUCGAUCUCCAGUAGUGCCAUGAUCAAAAACUACGAGUACAUCCGCUUAAUCAGCGACAGACCCGACAACUCUGCGCGGAUGUUUUCCAAGAUGCCAAUCGAAGCUGAGUCUUUCGAGUUGGAGGUGGAGUUCAACCUUCACGGCAGAGCGAAUAACGGUCUUAUGGGUGAUGGCUGGGCCUUGUGGUUAACCAACAAAGCCUUGGGCCCAGGCGAAGUCUUUGGUGUUGAAAACCACUGGGUGGGGUUGGGAGUCGUGUUUGACACUUACCGCAACGGCAAGUCGGGCCACUUUCCACAGGCCGGGGCUAUUGUCGGGGACGGGAACCAAUAUUUUGACAAUUCUAUUGAUGGUGCCAACAUUAUGAUGGCUUCCUGCAUGGCUAGAGGCAUCUACAAUACCAAUUCAGGUAAAUCCAGAGCCAGACUUGUGGUAUUAAAGGAUGGAUAUGUGAGUUUAGACUUGGACAACAAGGCCAACGGGAAUUGGAAGAACUGCUUCACGCUACAGGACGUGAAUUUGCCCAAGAGCAUGUACAUUGGGAUUUCCGGUGCUACUGGCGCGUUGUCUCAUGCGUUUGAUCUCAUCGCAUUACACGCCUAUUCGUUGAGUGGCUCGGACGGGCAGCCUAUCCAGAAUAUAGCUCAGUUGGAGCAAAUUAUGCGUCCAGUCGAGGCCGAGGAGAUUCAGGGGAAACAAAAUUUGUAUUCCCAACCGGGUAAAGGAGGAAGAAAUCAAAAAGAUAAAGACUCUACAAAUACCAGACGGACAUUGAAGCGUCUCCAGAUGAGUGAGCGCAGAAUCAAGGAACAGGUGGCUGAGAGAAAGAAACAGGCCAGGUUGGAGGGUAAGUUGGGGUUCUUUGGCCGUCUCUUCUGGCUUUUAAAGUACACCGUGUAUAUUUCAUUACUGGGGUUGGUGGUGCAUGUUGGCAGAGUGUACUAUAGGGUGUACAAGGAGCAGCGCCGCAGGCACAACAGGGGGGGCUUGAUCAACUAGGUAAAGCAUGUGUUUUAAUGUACGUUUUUACUAAUGAG